AUGCUGCCGCACCAGUACCGACCCAAGGCAAACAUGCUUGCGCUCGUCUCCGAUCAAGUGAAGUCGCUCCGGUCGCUGGUGUACGACACUUGCAUCGUACCGAUAACCUCACGGUGGUACCGGGAGGUGCUACUGGAGUGCCCGAUGAAUAGCGCCAUGCUGGACAUCGGCGUUGGGACCGCUGCAAGCCUCAUCGCUAACCGUGAUAUUAUCGUGAGCAAGAAAAUGACGGUAACGGGAGUAGACUACGACCUUGGCUACGUGCGCAGCGCUCAAGUGAAUACCGCAGCAUGUGGUGGUCAGUUCCAGGACCUGGUGAGGAUAGAACACGCGGACAUCCACGACUAUAACAAGUCGCAUACAAAGAAGUUCGACAUCCUUUACUUUUCGGGAAGCUUCAUGAUAAUUCCGUCACAGGUCCGUGCGCUGCGGCACUGCGUGCAGAUGCUCCGUAGUCCAGUGCCCCGGGUGCCGGGAGGAUGCAGCAUCUUCUUCACACAAACCUUCGAAAAGCGCACGUUUAUUGGUCAGUACGUCACACCGCUGGUGAAGCGCGUGCUGAGGGCAAUCACCACAAUCGACUUUGGCGAGGUGACGUACGAGGACGAAUUCCGCGCCGCCCUUAAAGAAGCAGAUGUGGAGAUUGUGGGUGUGAAGACUAUCAGUGCCUCGUACUAUCGGACCCAGGUCCUUGUGAUGGCUCGUCCACGCGUGACCAUGCAGCAUGAGUGA